AUACAAUAUGGAAUUCCAUCAUAACGCGAUCUCUCAUCUGGCAUUUAACAUUGCAAAACUUGCAGAUUCUUCGAAGCAACGAAAUAAGUUAAGGAGAAAGAUCAGCAAAGAGAAAGAGAGUAUCCAUUCUUUGAUUUCAAAUUAUAAUCGAAUUGCAGACGAACCGCUAAGCAACAUAGAAGAAAUUUUAAAUGGAAAGUUUCCAUGGAAUUCUCGGAACGAGCCAGUUGAUGAGUUGCCUUUGGUAACGAGACGAUCUGUGGUGGAUAAGUUGAUGGAAAUUCAACGGUUUCAGGAGGAAAUCGAAGUUACUAAAAAGGAAAUGUUCCAAUACCUUGAAUAUUACACCAAGAAAUGCCUUCCGGCACUUUAUAGCGAACUUGCAAAAUUGGAAAACCUGCUGCAAGGUAAAAGUCGCAGCCAAUGUGGUGGUGAACAGCCUGUUCUUGCGGUGGAAAGUGCUGUGUGUGUGGCAAAAACCUAUUCUACAAGCUCAGUCAAAAGGACCAUUGUCAGAGGAAAGCUUGCCUUGGUUAACGAAGGAAUUAACUUUGCCAUGCAACAAUUAAGGCUUGGAAUCCAAUCUUUCUUGCCAGUUCUCGGUUUACAAUUGUCUGGAUUCCAGGACAUAAUUGAGUCGCACAAUGACAAUACUAAGCAAUCCUAUGAAGAUGUGGAGGAUGAGCUGGAAAGAGAUACAAAUUUUGAUAUGGAUAGUGAAACCGACAGUGACACUGAUAACGACAAUGAGAGUAUCUAUUCCGAAUGGGAGUUUGACACCUAAGAUGGUCGAUACGUCCCUAAUUAUUCGUGCUUGUUGUAAAAUGUUAUAAUUCGUAAAGUUAUUUUCUUCGCUUUAAAUCCUAAAAAGUCGUUAUAUUAUUUAAACACAACUUCUGAAUUCUGUACAAAAUCAACUUUGUUUCGUAAAGUUAAGGGCGUCCUGGAACAAUACCCUUUUGAAGUCGUAUAUUAUAUUUUGACUUAUUAAAAUAUAAUAUCUUUGUCAAGGCAACAAUUUUUUGGCCGUGGAAAUUAUAAACAGAUAUGAGGAUUUACUUAUGUCAAGUUCUAUAUAU